AUGGCAGAUACAGAUACAGCUACCCACGACCCCACGGCCACAACACACUCCCCCAAGCCUGAGAACAAGCCUGAAGACAGACCCCAUCCUCCUCCCACUACCACUACCGCUACCACCACCACCACCCAAGACCCAGAACCAGACCCAGCAUCGACAACACCGAAAGCAGAGCCUCCAUCUCCAUCUCCGCCGCCACCACCACCACUACUACCACCGACGCCACAAACCACCACCCCCACCCCCCGCCUCGCCCGCCUCCCGCGCCCCAAGGUCACAGCCAAGAUCCGGACUACCACACGGCGGGACGACAUGAGCGCGCAAGAAGCGCAGCGGCGGCAGCUCAACAACGAGCGCAACCGGCGGACGCGGCAGCGCAAGAUUGAGCGCGAGAUUGCCAGUGGCGUGCGGCAUAAGGACGGCAGGGUUAGGAGGAGGAAGACUGUAGGGCUGCUUUUCGGGGAGCUUUGGGAUUGGGCUGGUUGGAUUCCAACCAAUUGA